UUGUUUCCUUACCUUUAGCUCGACAGUGGUGUUGCAACUGAACCUCAGCAGAGUGUGUGAUUGUGUGUGCGUGUGUGCAUGGUGGACUGUUCCCGGUGAAAAACACCGACCCCAGGCCUCUUGAAAAUGCCUCACUGCCGCGUGUAAUCGGGCGAAACUCGCGGAGGGGGAGAGAGUCAGGUCUCCAGGCAGGUUAAGAGGAAAAAUAAAGGCAGGAUGUUGCAAGUUUUAGCUUGUGGCGCCGUAGUUUUCCCCGGUCUCUUCUUCGCCUUCAGGAGAAUCCUGCCGUGUGUGUUCAAACACUGGAGCGAUGCCGACGUGGUGCUGGUCAGCGAGAGAGUGGUGUCCUCCAUCCAUGCCGUCAUGGCAACCACGGCGGGGGUCAUCAUUGUGUCAUCAUGCCGGGGCAACGUCAUUAACGACAGGCACUGGCUCGCUAACUACUUUGUCAUUUGGUUCGGUGGGCCCUACAUGACAUACGACCUCUUUGCUAUGUACCUCAGUCACUACCACCGCUUCCGAGUCAAAGGGCACGAGGACUACAAGCAGCAUUCACUGAGGACCGUAAACUCGUUCGUCCGCAGAGAGUUCCUGCUGGUGUUGCAUCACAUCGCCCUGCUCACUAUCCUGCUGCCUGUCACACUGUUCUUCAGAAGGGACCAGGGGGAUUUCUUCGUAGGCUGCUUGUUUCUAACAGAGCUCAGCACGCCCUUCGUGUCCCUGGGGAAGAUACUUAUUCAGCUCAGCCUCCAGAACUGCUGGCUGCACAAGGCCAAUGGCGGUAUGGUACUGCUCACCUUCUUUAUGUGCCGCAUCGCCCUCUUCCCCUACAUGUACUGGGUGUAUGGCCACCACUACGGCAUCCCGCUCUACAGCGUGCCCUUCCACCUGCCGCUGUCCACCAACCUGGGCAACUUGUGCAUCCUGGCACCGCAGGUCUACUGGUUUGUCCUACUUUGCCGAAAGGGCUACCGUCUGUACCGGCGUAGCCGUAUGCCAGACUCAUCUCCUGCGGCCACUGUCACUGACAAUUCUAAGGAUGAUUGAUAUCCAGUUCACGAUUGCUCGCUCAAGCCGCACACUCCGCUACUAACGCAACUACUUCUGCAAAGGCACUAGUUUGACUUAACACAUUUCAAACCCCACCAUUGUACUGUAGUACACCAGGACUGCCUGCUCUUGUCCCACAACUCCUGGGCAUUUUCCGCACACUUUUAACUCCUCUGUUAUAAAUCUGCUGCCUAAAGUGGGCGUCUCCACCGAUCCAAUUCUACUACUGAAGUUUGAUGAUUUGGGGUUUUUUGGGAGGGGCGGGGGGGUUGGCUUUUGCCUGGAUCUUGUUGAAGUGCUACACUGUGUCUGUCAACAUUUACAACACUGAAGGAAGAUCAUGUUUGCUUCACUGAGAGUAAAACAUGGAGUAAAAGCACCAGAAACAGAAGAAGAGCCUCCAUGGAGAGACAUUAUCUUAUCUCUUACUCCUACUGUGUUUACAGCCUCUGCUGAUUUGGAAGGUCUGUUACUGUGUGUGUGUGUGUGUGUGUGUGUGUGUGUGUGUGUGUGCGUGCGAGUGUGAGAGAGAGUGUUGCUGUUACGACGAGUUGUAUUUAUUUUUAUGGUUUUGCUGUAAUGUGUCGAAUAGUGGCGUUUCCCCUCCCAUGCAUUCACUAAUCACACUGAUGAGAAGGAUUAUGAAUAGUGGGUGGGUGGGAUACAAAUUCAGGCAGUAUUUGCAGGAAAAAUUGUGAGGAAUACAUGUCACCUCAUCCACACUUGAGAGCUAAAAGCAGCCACACUCGCUAACACCCCAUUAAUGUAAUGAUAGGUUCUGACUUUUCACCCCUGUUCAUUUUGUUUGUAGUUUCUCAUUUUGUUUGCCAGUUUCCCAUGGCACACUGAUGCCAUGUCGCCAUGGCAUCAGUUUGCAAAUCUGCAGCAACAAUCCCACAUUCCUCACAGUAACAUCCAGCACACUUUUAUGGCACUGGCCCAUUUCUUUCCAGAAGCCAUCCUAUUCAACAGGGUGCUAGCUCUGUAUGCAUGGUGUAUCCCCAGGAAUUAAUGCUGCUUUCAUGUUCUUAGGAAUACUUUUACUUCCAUUUCAACAAAGUUGAAUGUUUUCAGGAAUUCAAUUUGGCAAUAUCCUCAAAUGUCAGAGUUGAAGAAUAGUGGCACCAACAGGGAACCGGUUGUGGGAAUCAUUCUUCAUUUUCACAAAACUAAAUAUUUUUUCAUUAAAUGCGUGGCAUAAAACAUGCCAUGCUGGUUUUUUUUGUUUUGUUUUUUUAUUUCAUGAUGAUACUGCAAAGUUCCUCCAAUGACUCACCUUAAAGAACAAGUGAGACUCGACUGCUCUCAGUGUCUAAAUGUAAUGUAAAGCCAUGAUAGGAUAAGAUUUGGCCCUCUGAUACAAAAUAUCGUGUAUUUGGACUAUGUUACACCCAAAAGACUUGGCGAAAUUCAGAAUUUGAAUUUCUGCUAGGUCUGUAUCAUUUGCAUAUGUGAAAGUCUUUUCCCACUUUUACAGAGCAGAGCAUAAGUUACGUUUCCUUUUUUGAAUCCACAGUCUCUAUUUAGAUGACACUGGAGCGUUGUAGCCGCCAUAGAAACACUACACUGUCAACAGCCAGAGUUAAUGUAGGGGCAACAGUCUUUGAGGGUCACUUAUGGUCAGAUGUCUAGGCUGUUGGAGAUUUGUUUUCUCCUGUAAAAAGUCACUCAGGGCCAAGAUCAGAGCAAUAAGCUGAGCAGUGGCUCACCACAGCAAACUUAUACAGUGGAUUGAAAUUUCUAAACAACCAGCUGCAGAGCACUAUGGGUAUCUGGAGGGAUUAUUGCUGAAACAGAUCUAUAACAUAUGACAUAGAGUAACUGGUUAGUUUAUCUGAGACUCCAGAGAUUUAUAUGCACUUGUUGUAUUCUGUUACAUUGAGCACUUCACACAGGCUUGUAUAUACUUAGAGUUUUUAGAGAUUCAAGUCUUAGUUUCAUCACAUAAAAAAAAGGUUUUAAAACAUAAACCUGUAUCCAGACAUCAUAAUUAAACCUGAAAGGACCAUUGUUUUAAUUUGGUUUUUGUUGGAUUAACACAGUUGCAUAAAGACAUUUAUCUUAAAGGCAUUUAUAAAUCACAAGAUACACGCGAGAGUAUUAUUUCUUCAUAUCAAAGACUAGAAGAUAUUAUUUUUUAAAAGAAUGCUCCGGGGUAAGUUUCAUCGCACAAUCUAGACCCUGAGGUUAAUUUAACUCCAUGGAUAAUGUUCUUGGUCAUUCAAGCUUUAUAGCGAACUAACUGAUUAAGUAUGCGUUAAUGGCCUUUUUUUUAUGUCCUGCAAAUUCAAUCUAUGCAAAAGAGGCUGCUCCGGUGCAUGUAUACAACACUUAUGUCAAGUCAUAUUACAUUGAUCCAUGCCUCAUUUUAUUGUCUUCUUUACAAAUAUUUUGGGACCAUACAUUUGUUUCUAUAUGUGCAUUUCUACUGGGACUCCACAACACCAAGAAAUGGUCUCAUGUUGCAUUUCAGUUGAGUUGGAAGUUGAAAAUACUUUGCCUGUCUUUCAAAUUUACCUCACCUGUGCUUUGAUUAAUUUGAGUUCAUGUAAUGCUAAAAAAUAGGUAGAAAUAACAAUUUUUUGUGGCAUUAACCAACAAGUUUACAACUGCAGCUCAGCUGACAAAUCAGAGUUUUUCCUGUUUGGAUACUGACUUGAUAGGGCUGCCAAUUAAAAUAAAUAAAUAAAGUUCAAACGCAACUAAUACAAAAAUCAAUCAGUUGGAAUGAAACACACGUAGCCUAAUCCUUAAGUUUGUUGUAAACUGACAUGGCUAAAAAGCUAACAAGUUUUGUAUCUUUGGUCUCAUAUCCAAAAUGUUUCCACAUAUUAUUUUCUAAGAUGGUUUUGUCUUGAUUGCUGGUUUCUUCCACUUUGCGUUAAAGCGAGGCUAUUUAACCUUCACUGAACUGUGAAUGAAGUGACAAUUGUGGGAUCAUUGGGAAUGUGAAAACUUAAAGUAAAAGUAGGGAGAAGUCAUAAAACUGACUCGACAAUAUCUACCUGAAGUUUUGUAACAUUAGACACCAAAAGGUGCUCGUCACACCAGACCAAGUAUGGCUGCAGAAGCAAAUCCCCUGAGUGUGCUGAAUUGAGUGAGGGUGUGUUUUAUUGCUUAUGAAUCCAGCUUUUCAUUUGCAUGAAGAAGCUUGCGUUAUUUCUUCUUUCAUAAGUUACAUAGUCUCGCUUUAAGGAAGACAAAGUUUUACUGGUGGGAUCAAAGUGACAUUUUACGAACACAAGGCACAAAAAUUGGCAGGCUCAUAACUGGAGGGCUCUCUUGAUUUUCAAAUGAAUUGUUUUCCUGUAACAAGUCAAACAUUUCAACUUUCAAGCAUCAGAAUGCCUGAAAACUGUGCCACUGUUGCAUUGUGGGUUCUGCAGUUUUCUUGUGCCCUGUGUGGGUCUUGUCUGCAUUCCCCUAUGGCAAAUGCAUUGGUAUCCACAUCUGUUAGGAACAGCAGAACUGCUGUUGGGAAAAGGUGCCGAGUCUUGUUGUUGGUAGAUAGACUGGUUGCUGACGGGCAGCGUGAGGAUGAGGGCGCGAGGAGAGCCGAGCUGCUGAAUGAUGGGCUUGUUUGUCUUUUUUGGCGGGAGUCCAGGAGAGUGCAGGCCUCUUUUGUCCAUUGCUGACCAGGCCACUCUUACUGAAAACACCCCAGGUUCUUUGUUCCACUUUUCACUGUGCUGUUCACCCUCAGCCUCUUACAUCCAGUUGUCUUCAGAUAUGUUGUAGAAUAAAUUAAAUGGUGGUUACCUUCGACCUCCAAGAAAAACAUUUCAUUUUUUUUAUCAUUAGUUUAUAUUUUCAAGAUGCUCUGUUCAUCAGUUUUUAUUUUUACACUUAAGUUUCUAAUGUAUCAAACAAAAGUCAAAACCAAUGAUUGUUACUUUAGUCAAACAUUUUAUUUUUAUAUUUAGGAUUAAAAGCUGCAGGCGCUCUCCUACGAUUUAUCGUGCUCCCUUCAGCCUCCCAUCAUCUCUGCUUGUGUCUCGUUUUAACUCAUCUGUUUCUUGGCUCAUGUGCUGCUCUGCAGUGAUGGAAAGUUGCUGAGAGCGUCAGCAACGCAGUAUGAACCCUCCCUCCUCUCUGCUGCCAUCUGUCGUCAGGAUAAUGUGCUUGUCCACUCAGAAUUUUGUAGGCAGGACCGUUUAGGAUUAGUAGGGCAAGGUGGACAUUUCCUGUUGAAUCUGUGCAUGUCUCUUUUGCAGUCUGCUGCCUUCAUAUACAUACAUCUCCGUUUUCAGCCACCAUGACACCACCCUUCACUAAAUAUACUGAAAAAAUUGACAUACGGUGUUUUAAUGCUUUGGGAUAGCUUUCACCUGACGUUUCUUAAAGAAUCAUACUGAUUAAAUUAAUUGUUGGUAGAAAAUCCUUUGAAACAGCAUUUAUACCAUUGUGACACUAAGUUUUAUGAGGUGUAGAAGCACUUUAGCACUAAAGUCAAGCCUGUUGUAACAGUUUGUGCUUUGCAGAAAAUGACCCCUCUUGACAUUUGAUGAAUCGCUUCUGUGGAUUUCCUGAAAGUCACUAUAAACUCCCCUUUGCCCAGGACUCUGAUUUUGAGAGGUCUAUUUGACAGCUGUGGAAACUCAAAUUUGACAGACAGUUAUGGAAAUGUAUGUCACAUUUGACAGAGUGUUGUGGGAACUGUUAGGUGUAUCAAUGAAGGAGAUGAAUUAGAGGUUCAUCGCAAUGGACCAUUAAGAUUUUAACAGUAGUCUAUAGGCUUAGCUUGGAAACCAUGGAAUAAAUACAGAAAAUAUGGCAUUCCACACUUAGAUUUAAUCAUCAAAAGUUCCCUAUUUUUUCUUUUGAUUGCAACAGCUCUUUAUUUAAGCAGUUUAUUCUUUCUUUUCAUUGUGUCUGGUAAUUAAGAAAGGAAAACUAUUUGUAAGAGUGUGUGACUGUGUGUCCAAAAUUCAAACACUCAUAUCAACUGAUAACAUUAACGUGCCGAUAUCUGAUUUUAGCUAAACUCUGUACCCGAUUAAUUGGUCUGACCCGUAGUAAGCCCAGAGCCUGCUACACUGACCACAGUGUUUAGUUCUUGGAAGUUUCAUAGCCAAGGGAAGACAAGCCACAUUAUUUCCAUUGCUGGAGGUCUGGGUCACUGCUUCAGGCAAUCAUGUUGCACAAUAACAGCAUCUGAUCCCAAACCUCAGAAUCCCUCAGUAAGAAUUAUGAAAAGUUCAAGGCAUGCGGAGUACACACAUCUUUAUAGGUAUUGCUUGUCACUUGAUAAAUUCUUAAAGUAGAAAGUCUUAAGUUCGUCCUCUUUGCUCAGGGUUUGAUGAAGUUGUUAACGUGUGUGUGUGUGUAUAGAGGUUUAUUGUAAGAUGAUGAAAUUGUGAGAUGCUGAAGAUGAUCACAUCUAGAAAGCUAUGUUGUUACUGUUCUGUAUAUUUUUUAGCAGUUUUUUUCCUUAUAGAUUUUUCUUUUAUUUAUGCUUUCUGACGUGGCUUGUGAGAAUUCAACUUCUAAGGGUUGGUAAACCAAAGUCUGGUACUUGAGUUAACCACAGUAACUGCAGUGAUAUAAAGAGUGAUCUUUUUUUCAGUAUUUAAGACAUGCUUUAGAUGCUGUGACCCAUUGUCAUUUAAAAAUAUAACUACCCUCCUGUUUUAUCUCUUUCUUUGGGUCCCAGAGUGUGACCAACAUGUUGGGUGUAUGAUGGAUGUUUCAACUGAGGAUGUAGUGGAAGAAAUACAGAAUUACCAGCUGUUUAGUUGAUUUUCCACUAACACACACCCUAUACAUACAGUACAUUUAAGUCUACAGUAUGGGGAAGUGACAUUAUACUCCAUAAUAUUAACACAUUGCUCGUGAAACUACAUAAUGAUUAUACUGUCACUUUUCACAUUACACAAAAUGGCGUUAAAAAAUAUAAAUGCUUUGUAUCCCUUGUAUUUGUAAGGAGAGAAUUUAAUCGUAUGACUCUUGUUGAAUGGGAACAUGGACACCAAACUUAACAUGUGUUGGUUCAGCUGCGCGAUGCUAAUGCUAUUUAGCGUAGGCUUCUUGCUAACACUGUCAUGAGUGUGUUCACUCCAUGCUAACCCUUUUGCAUCCAUGAGUCCAUAUGAACACUUUAUCUUAAAUUGUUUAGUCAUAAUUAACUUUAGUACAGACCUAUAUCAUGUCAAGCAAUAGUGAGCUUCUUGCUAAUACUAUUUUGAGUGAUAGUUCACUAUGCGCUACCACAUAAGCAUAUAGAACUGUCAGUGGUUGCAGACUAAAUGCUAACAUUAUAUUUUCAUUGCUAGCAAGCACCGUGCUAACACUUCAUGAGUGGUAGUUCAAUCAAAGUAUAGUAUUACAGAGUGACUUCAGACUCCAUGCUAAUACUUUAGUAUAGGAUUAUGCUGCAUUGAGGCUACUGCCAAGGAUCUUUUAAUGUAUCUGCAAACUAAUAUCGUUUGAGGCUAGCUUUUGUUCCUCAGUAGAGUUUCUUUAUUCAGCAUUUUGUAAACUUUAAAUAUGUCCUAUUGAUUUUCUGUUGUAUUCUAAACUUAAUGGUUAUCUGCUAGUAGAUAUUUGAGCGCCAUGUAAUUUUGAUAAAUGAUAAAAUAAUGAUUAAUUUGUUAGCUUUCAUUAGGUUCAGCUACCAUGGUGUUGACAGCCCUCCUGUGUCGAAGGCAAAUGGGGAAAUGUUGGCGUGAAUGCUAACACCUUGUCAGAACAGGUGAGGAAAUGACAAACGGGGCAGAACUUUGGCUUUGCAUGGCUUGGAGUAGUCAAUAAUGUUGUACUGUUGAAAUAUAAACAUUUUAGUCUAAAACUAUGUGAGAGCUCCUUGUAUCUUUAAGAGGCGCUGUAAAUAGCGCAGUAAUCAACAGCCAGGUAAACAACUGGCAAAUUUUGGUGUCUAUGUUCCCAUCAUUUAAAGGACAAGCUGACAAAGGUACGUGUUAAUCCCUUUGUCAUUUUACAUCCAAAGUGAUACAAAAAUAGCAAACUGAACUUGAAGCUAAACAAUAUGAAGCUAAUGCAUAUUUUGGGCAUUCUCGUGUUUUGAGUUUCUGAGGAUUGUUAAAUGUGAAUGGGAAUCAUAACUUGCAUGUGGGAUCUCUUCUGCCCCCCAUGAGACAUUUUAUAUAAUUUUGUUGCGUUGUGUUCACACAUCGAUUCAGGGUUGGUUCCUAUAUGGGCGGUGCAGGAUUUGGGCUGGGUGUGGGUUGGCAGUCGGUAACAGGCAUUCCCACCGACCUGCUACCCAGUGGAUUUUGGUGAAGGAAUGAAGGUUUUAAAGUUGUGGUCUAAUACCACGUUCAUGUGAUGUUGCAUGUAAAUAAGAGCAGAUGGAUGAAGAGUAACUUUCACAUGACCUGUUGCUGGGAUCAGGCUACACAAGAUCACCCCGAUAAGGGGGACAACAAUUGCUCUUUUUACUUACUGUAAGGACUAUGUACUUCUAAAAAGACUUGCAUUUUUUUCCGUCACACUCUCACCUUUGCUGCUGCUGUCAGGUGGUCCCAUUAAUCAGCUAUGAUUGGUCCAUAUUUAUGGGCCAAGUCUUGGAAAUAAUCUGACACAGUGACCAUCUCAAAAUGCAAUUGUGCUGUCUGAUCCUAGCAUUGGUAGUAAUUACAAGUCAGGGUUUGUCGUAACCCAAUUGGUGUCAACAACAAAACGGCAGAAACAGCAGAAAAUACACAAUCAUUAGUAAUCAAUAAAUUGCAGUUAUAAUCACACACAUAUAAUCAGCUCUACUUAUAACAUCUUAAGUGAUGUCUUAAAACAUGUAGCAAGAUAUUCUGGUGUUUGGUUUUCUCUGAUGUGAAUGCGGCAUUAGGCUGAUGAAGUGCACAAAAAUGGCUUUGAAACAUACAGAUUUUAGAUGAGCUUGGAUUUGCUGGGACUGAUUUUGAUCUGUGGACAGUGAACCAAAUUUGGUCUCCAGUGCCUUGUGAAAAAUCUAUUUGUGAUACCCACAAAACUCGGUAUGAAAGAGCUACAUUGGCAGGUAGUGUUUACAGGUUGUGGCUGUAUUUAUCACGUUAAUUAUCAUAUCCUGAAGGAGAGUUACCGUUUCAUUACUGUCAUUUUUGGUAUUCACAGCAAUCAUCAAGAAAAUUCUCAUUGUUUAAAAAAAUCAUAUCAUUCAUAUUUUAACUGGUUAAAGCUAUUUGAAACAAAUUGCUAUACAUUUAGUGCAUUGUAGUAUUUCACAUUUUGUAGCAUUUAAUCUAUAUUUUUCAAAUUAUCAAGCAAAUCCCAUACUGUUUUUCUAAAUGGAUAUGCAUCAUUUAAAGUUGAAACCCUUUAAGGAAUAGAUAUAUUGUAGUCAUGAAAUUGUUUGCUGUGUUUCUGUUGUUUUAGACCUUUCACCUGCCAGCUUGGUGGUUGUGUAUGUUUUGGAGAUUUGGAUUUCAAUCUUGACCAGCUGUCCAUAUCACUCACUGUCCCGCCAUGGGUGUGUAACUGACUUAAAUGCAGCACCUUCACAACCUUUUAACACUUCCUGCCCCACAUUAUUUUUGAUAGCAUUCUAAUUUUUCAUACAUAUAUAUCAGAUUUGAUGCAUCUGUCCUUUUUUGUAGCAAGACCUUUUUUGAGGAAAUUUCCUAUCUGAGAAGAGACUGGACUGUUUUACGAAAUAGCUUAAAAAUUACUGAUGUAAGAGGAGUUAUGUACUGUAGCUGCAACUUGUGAAUUCAGAGCACCCCUUUAAAAUUCAAUAAAUUUGAUUUGAUAGAC